AUGACAUCAUUCAACGAUUUACCUAUUGAAAUAAUUCGACUUAUAUUCGAAUAUUUUACACCAGCUGAAACUGUUCAUUUAUUUUCACCGAUCAAUUAUAAAAUGAAAGCAAUUGGUGAUAAACAUAUGGUUGAUAAUUCAAACAAUGUGGCUGCUGCUCGUGAAAAAAAUUCAAUGAAUAAUGAUUGUUUACCUAUAACACAAAUUGAAGAUGAUGAUGAUAUUGAUUAUGAACAAUUAUUUGAUGAUUAUGAAGUAUCCAGCGAUAAUUCUAAAUCAGAAAUAAAAAAACCCACAAAACGAGUUCGUUUUGCUCCUAUUCUUGAUGAUAAUUCUUUAACACCAACAUUAUCACGUCCACCAUCUGUUCGACCAACAUUUGAAGUUGAAUUUGAUUUUGAUUCACUUGCAACACCAUCAAUAGAAUUAAAUAAAGAUGUUUCACAAAUACAAUCAAAAUCUAUUGAAAAUAUCAAUUGGAAAGAUGCAUUUCUUAGUGAUUUACAUAUAGCAAAAAAGAAUAAAACAACAAUUGUUACAUCUCCAUCAAUUAUACAAAUAGAAAAUAAAACAAAUGAAGAUACAUUAUGGGAUUUUAUGAAAGAAUCAAAUCCUGAAUUAUUAGAAAAACUUGAACGAACAAAUAACGAUAAACAAAAACGUAUUGAUCGAUUUUCUAUGCAACAAACAAUGACAAAUACUAAACCAAUGUCGAUACCAAAUGAAGAAGAUGAAUUUAAUCAAGUUCAUGAAGAACUUCUUCAUUUUCUAUUACCAUAUCAUAAAAUUUUAUGUAAAGAAAAUAUUUGGCCACAGGAACGUAAUUUUACAUCACCCAAUAUUUCUCUUGAAUUAAUAAAAAGUAUUUGUAAAAAUGAUAAUUCAUUUAAUUUAAUUUCGAAUCGAAGUGAUAUUCUUAAACAUUUAAUGUUUAUUUAUACCAUAACAUCAUUUCUUUAUGUAUUCGCUUAUUGUUCAUUACAAACAGCUAUACGUCAUGUUGAAAAUGUAAUCGUACAAAAUAUGAAAAAUGUUUGCAUUGAUCAAGAACGUGGAAAACCUUUAUUUGAUCUAUUAACAAAAACGCAUAAAAAAUUUGAAAAUAUUCCUCAUCCAAAAAUUUUACAUAUUAAACAUUUGUUUAAAGAUUUUUUUGAUAAAAGAAGACAAUUAAUCGAUACUACAAAACAAAUUUUGGAACCAAAAUUUCUUCUACUUGUUCAAUAUGAAUCAAUUGAUCUCUUACAUGACAUUGAACGUGGUCUUUCGUCACUUAUUGAACUUCAUUGUUAUGUUUAUGAUAAGCAAACUAAUAUUAAUCGAGAUGAAUUCAAUGAUUUAUUAAUGUAUAAUAAUAUGAUUAUUAUUCGAACACGUCAAAUUUCACCAAUAAUUAUUGUUCGACCAAAACGAUUAACAUUAGUUAUUGAAUAUGAAUAUGGAGAACAAAUUUUACAGUGGUAUCAAUUUUGUCAACAACAAAUUAUUUCUUAUAUUGCUUAUAAAACUAUUCUACCUUCAUUUAUAGCUCCAGAAAAAGAAGAAUUCAUUGAAAUUACACAGAAAAUAGCUUCUCCAAUAAUGAAAGAAGAAUUCUUAACAUUACCAACGAUUGUUUUAGCUCGACCAUUAGUGGAUAAUUUUAAAUUAUUACGAACACUCGAAUGUCGACAUGAUAUAUCAAUUAUUACACGAGAUUAUCAUUUACUUGGUAUUCCAAUUGAUCAACAACCAGAUAUUUUAAUUGAUUGGACUACUUCAAUGUUAAUCUUUGAUUUAAAUACAAAACUUGAUAUUAAUACAGUACGACAUAAGAUUCAAUCAAUGACUCUUCAUUCAUGUCGUAUUCAUGUGGCUAUACUAACCAGCGGAUCGAUACCUGAUUUUAUUCUUUCAACAUAUAUUACACCAAUAACUCAAUUAGCUAAAAAAAUUCAAGAAAAUGAAUCUAAUAUUGAUGUUCAAAUCAAAUCAUUUGGUAGUCUUGAUGAAUUUGCUAAUCAUGUAGCUCAAUUAGUCCAACAAGAACAUUCAAUAAAAUAUCUUUUAACUCCAACACCAUCAUGGAAUGAAAAAAUGUUACUUCGUCGAUGUUCAUCUCUUAAUAGUAUUAGUGCUCAAUUAGUUUUACAACGUUUAAAAACUGUCGAUCUAUCAACAGUUAAUCUUGAAAUAUUACUUAAUCAAUGUCCUGAAAUACCAAUGAACUAUUUGAAAACAUUUGUAUCGGAUAUGCAUAAAAAAUUACGUGAUACAUUUGAUUUAUUUGAUCGAGAUAAAAGUGGAGCGAUAUCGUCCGCAGAAUUAAAACAAGUUUUAAUUGCAUUAAAUUUUGAACCUACAGAUAAUUUACUUCGAAGAGUAAUGAAAGAAAUGGAUGCAGAUGGCAAUGGUUCAAUUGAAUUUGAUGAAUUUGUUAAAGCAAUGCGAACUGUUUAUGAACGAAAAUUUACUGAUGAUGAAAUGCGAAACGCAUUCAAAUGUUUUGAUGCAGAUAAUUCUGGUUAUAUUACUGUAUCUGAAUUACGUGAAGUUUUAAGGCGUUUAAAUCAUGAUGUAAGUGAACAACGAAUAAGUGAAGUUUUAUAUGAAAUUGAUACAGAUCAUGAUGGAAAAAUAAGUUAUGAAGAAUUUGUACAUAUGUUACAAGAUGUAUAA